AUGAUAUCGUUGCCUCAAUCAUCAACAGCAGCGCAUUCGGCGGGGCAAGGUUCCAUGCCAAUUCAUACUUCUGCACUAGGUGGAAGUUCCUUGCCGCUUCCGAACAUUUCAGCGGUGGACUCUUAUUCAACAGUGAUAACAGAUCAAUCCAGUGGCAUAGGCCGACAAUCUAGCCAGCAACAAUUAAAUGUUGGAUCAAGCCUAUUCAGAGAAAGAUCCAGUCAUUUCGGGUCUUACAGGAGCCCAAGGUCUCAGACGCCAGAGCAUGCUAUUGCUGCACAAGUGGAACGUUUUGAAAAUGCUUUUCAGAGGUUGAUUGACCAUAGCACAAAUACAGGAGCUAUUGGUCCUAGUGGGUCUGCAGCAUCAGAAACUGGCACAGCUACGGGAACAACGAAUUCAGAGAUAUCACCGGUUAAUAUGGUUAACAAUCCCUUGUAUAAUGCUAUAUUUCAAACAUCUGCAUCAGUUACUCUAGUGCAAAAUGCUACAGCAGGGACGAGCAUCAACGGUGUCCAAAACAUAUCAAGAGCAGUGUCACAAGGAUUGCAAAGUUUGAUUUAUCCGGUUGUUCCGAGUCAGCCAACAUUUGUCCCACCACCAGGGAAUUUUACAUUUGAUGGACCUGCAGAAUAUACAUUUCAACAGCAGCCUCCACCAAGGCAGCAUCAGCAGGGAUCAACAAUGGUUUCACCUCACUUAAUUGGACAAGAUGGAGUGCCCAGAAUAGCAUUGGAAUUAGGGCAAGCUAGUCAGAAUGUACAAGGGACCAAUGACCGCCGCUUUAUAUUGUAUCAAAACCGAGUACCAGGAAAUAAUACUGCAGCCGUAAAUUUGACUGAUCCACACAUACCCCAAGCAUCUGGUGUUGUGGUUGCUGACCCGCAGAUUGUUCCACCUCAUAUAACAUUGGAAGACAAUAGAGAAGAGCAACAGUGGAUGGCAUAUGAAGCGAACCAGAUUCUGAAUAGGAAUAGAGCGCAGGCUAUUGGAUGA